AAAUUAUAUUAAUAUACUGCAAAAUGGUAAUAGGUUUUUGUAUUUGAAGAAAUAAAUGAUCCCCCAUUGGAGAAAAGGGGAUUUACACAUUAUAAUGAAGAAUACCAGACAAUCAAGCACAAUGACAAAAGUAAAAACAGGGAUGAACUACACCUCUAAAGUGUCUGUCAUACCUUCUUCUACUGGAACUCAUACCACUAGCUGCCCAAAUGGAAGUUCAAGAUCUGUUGUGGAGAGAAGUGCAACAACAGGCUCAUUAUUAGGAAACCGUAAAACUUCCUCUACCCAAAAACUCAGCAACAAGACUCUUUCAGGCAUUCAGGAAAACUUGACAGUAUCUCACACUAAGAGGAAAACAUCUGUCCCAAUCAAGUCCUCCAGUCAGGCUGUUUUAGGAAAAGGAAGGACUGGUCCUGCCUCAGUUAAGACAGUUAAUAAAGAAAACAUCAUCCAAACCCCAAGUAUCAGUCUUCCAGAACACCGAAGUAGCAACAGAGGCAUUUCUCAGAGUAACAUGCACCGGGCAGUUAGCAAGGACAGCAUUGACUUCAGGGGAAAUAAAGAAUGUGAGAAGGAGAACCUAAGAGUAUCUCGAACACAGAGUAAUCAUCCUUAUUCUGAAGACAAGAUCAUUUUUCUAGAGAAGGAAAAGAGACGACUAGAACACGAGAUAUCAGAACUUGUCAAAAAUGCAGAGGGAAAAAAGGCUGAAAUAGCGACACUAAAGAUGGAGAAUAAACGACUUAAGGAAGAACAUGGGGAUUAUGACACUCAGCAUCUUUGCCAAGAGGUGGAAGCACUUCAAACAGAAAAUAGAUCUUUAAAGGAACGACUUGUGGAGAUGGGAGCACCUCUUGAUCAAGUGACUUUGUCUGAUAGUGAGAAGGAACAACUGCUCUUGAGAAGAUCAGUCUCUGGAUCACUUGCCAGUCUGGAAGUUGAGUACUUAAAGAAGGAAACCAACACAACAUGUCCAGUUCCAGGAACUUCUGGACAAGACCCUGGAAAGCCUAGAAGAGUGAAUAGUCCUGACCAAGAAUCAGAACCAGGAGAGGCAUGUGGUGUUACACUUCCUGUUGGACGUCCUUUGGCUGAGUGGGAUAAAAUGAGCUGUAGCAGUGUCAGUGAGAUGUCAUUGUCUUGCUUACAAGAUCGCAUCAUGCAGAUGGAAGAAACACAAUACAGCACCAGUGAAGAGUUACAAGCAACCCUGCAAGAGCUAGCUGAUCUUCAGGACCAAGUUUCAGAGCUUCAUCUAGAAAAUGAACAAUUGAGAAAUGAAAAAGCUGUCUUACUUGAGUCGUUGUGUUCCCAGACUGAAAAGCUAGAGGAGUGUCGAGAGCAAAUUGAACACUUAAAGCACUUGCUUUUUGAGCAAUAUGAAGAUGGUACUGAAAGAACACAGAAAGCAUCAGAUAAAGAACGGCACAUGGUGGAAAUACUUAAGAACAGCCAAGCUCAGCAGGAAAUACUGAUUCUGAAGAAAGAUGAAUUGACAACAGCUCUGCAAGCAGCCAAAGAGGAAGCACAGGAGCACCAGAAAGAGCAAGAAGUUCUUCAUGAUCGAAUGUGGCUGCUUAGUUCGACAGUCGAGAGUGUGAAGGCUGACAAACAGCUUCUAGACACACAACUUGCAGAAAGUUUAGAGCAACUUUCAGCAAAAAAUAUAGAAAUAAAUCAACUUAAAUUACAGUUAGAGAGUGAGCAACAAAAGGUGCAGGAGCUUCACCGUGAAAAAAAUGCAAAUGCCACUUCAGAACUAGAUGCUUUGCUUAAGGAAGCAAGGAAAGACAAAGAAAGAGUAGAAGAAAAAGCAAUGAAGCUACAGGAACAACUUGCACUGAAUCAGAGAGAAACUGAACAUUUCAAAGAACAGUUAAGUCAUUUACAAGAAGAAACAAUGGUGAUAAAGAACAAUGCAAAGAAGGAAGUAUCAGACCUAAAGUAUAAAAUAGAACAGCUAGAGGUUGAGAAGGUUGCAGCACAGAAGAGGUUAGAGUUCUUAGAUGAUGCACUUCAUCAGGCGGAACUAAAGUGUCAGCACUACCUCGAAGAUAAAAGAGAAUUGAGAGCAAAUGUCAGUGAACUGCAAAAAUCCCUGAGUGAAGUACAGAAUCAGUUCCAAGAUUUGAAAAAGAAUUUAGAUGAAACCAAGAAAAAAUAUAAUAUAGAAACAGAGGAGUGGAAGCAGUUCCAAGAUGAUCUUUUGACCACUGUAAGAGUUGCAAAUGACUUUAAAACAGAAGCUCAACAAGAAGUGGAAAGGCUAGAGUCAGAUAAUAAGCUGUUGAAGGAGAAGACAGAAUUUCUAGAAGCAGAACUGCAGAGAUUAAAAGUUAAACAAGAUAUACAUUCAUCACCACAACAGCAGAAAACAAACUCAAUAAGGAACAUAGCUAUCAAUAACAGCCUUUCUGGUUCUGAUGUAACUGUUGUUAGCUCUGUGGAACGAGACUUGGCAGCUGCACGCCGACAACUAGGUGCUGUUAAAUGGCAAGAUUACCGCAGUAGCCCCCAGCUUUCUGUUCGCACUCUCAUUGAGUCUAUUGAGAAUGCUGCCAAACAAGCUAAAGGACCAGGGAGUAGUCGAAGUUCAUCCACUAGUAGUCUUAACAGUAUUGCUUCUGAUAGCAGACUACCACCUAAUUCUCUUGUGUUUGGAAACACCAGUGAAAUUUUUGUUAAACCUCCACUUAGAUCAGUGGCAUCUGAUGCAACACUUCUUUGUGACAAUAAAACUAAUGGUCAUACUAGGAGAUUGCAGAGGAGUUCCUUUUCAGAUGGUACUCCAGUUAUUAAACCUUCUGGUUCCCCUAUAAUAUUCACAGAUUCUGCAACAAAUGUCUCAGCCAAAGGAUUGGGAGAUGUAGAAGCUUCAAAACCUGCUGCAAACCAUCCAGUCUCUAUCCUGGCUAGCAAACUAGAGCCAAUACGAAGGAACAGCAGUUACAGUGAUUUGGUGGAGAAAAAAGACCCACUAUCAGCUCUAGUAAAGGGUGGAGGUUCGAAAAGAAAUGCUCUUCUUAAGUGGUGCCAGAACAAGACCAUGGGAUACAAAGGAAUUGAUAUCACCAAUUUUAGUAGUAGCUGGAAUGAUGGUCUUGCUUUUUGUGCCCUUCUUCAUACAUAUUUACCUGAUGUUAUACCAUACAAUGAACUAGACAACAAAGACAAGAAGAGAAACUUUACAAUAGCUUUCAAAGCAGCAGAGGCUGUGGGAAUCCCAACUACCUUAAACACUAAUGAACUAAUCUCACUUGAAAGACCAGAUUGGCAGUCCAUUAUGACUUAUGUUACAUCUUUGUACAAACAUUUUGAGACUUAAAAACCUGCUUCACGUCUAUAGCAGCUGGAGGAUGAAUGCUUCUCAAACUUCCCUGCCAUCUGACAGUGAGCAAUUGUACUAUGAGCAUGGAGCAAUAAAUCUUUAGAGACUGUGAUUCUUAGGACACAGAAUGUCUGAGGAAUUAUACUUCUUAAGAUUUAAAAUGUCAUUACUUUUAUUUCAGUAGGAUUUUCAAUGUUAUUGGUGAGUCUUUGGUGAUUGUGUUAGAAAUAUUUAGGCACAUAUUAAUUAUCCAUGAUAGUCUCCUGAAGUGAAUUGUGAACCUUAGAAAGCUUAAAGGUCAUAGCUAAAGUACAGCUGCAAGAUUUAUGAGAAAUUGGUUGUUGAAUGCUUCUGUACAUUGAAAGUAUGAAAUCUACUUGAGGAAGAAAUGACCAAAUUCAAAUAUAACAAUGUAAAUAAAGUAGGAUAAUAUGAAAAGUUAAUUUUAUACAUUUGGUUUAAGUGGUCAGUAUAAAUUUUUGAUGUGGAACAUGUUUCCGGUAAUAACAGUAUAUGCAGUCAGUGCAAACCUGAGUGUGAAAACUUAGCUGAUAUAAGUAGUCAUUACAGGCUGAAAGUGGAACAUAUUCCCAUUAAUAACAAUAUACACAAUCAAUGAAAAAGUGAGAGUGAAAUUUUAGCUUCUAUAAGUGGUCAUUAAUAAACUCUCGGAAUAGAACAUAUUUAUACUAAUAACAUCAUAUGUAGUCACUGCGAACCUGAGUGUGAAAAUGUAGUUGAUAUAUAAGUGGUCAGUAUAUACUCUGGAAGUGAAAAUAUUUCCAGAGAUGACAACAUACUACACAGCCAGGUGAACCUGAAUGUGUAAAUAUAGCUGAUAUGAAUGGUCAGUAUAAACUCUGGGAGUGGAAAAUAUUUCCAGUAAUGACAAAAUACACAGUCACUGUGAACCUGUGAAAACAUAGCUUAUAUAAAUGGUCAGUAUAGAUUGGAAUUGAAACAUAUUUCCAGGAAUGACAAUAAACUACACAGCCAGUGUGAACUUGAGUGUGAAAAAAUACGUGAUAUAAGUGAUCAGUUUAAACUGACAUUAUUAAAGACACUGUCCAGAGGUAACAUGUCUGCCAAUACUGCUGAUAGGGUUGCCUCAAAGUGUUGAAUAAACAGGACAGUUGACUCCUCAGAUUAAAACUCCCUAGUCUUCAACAAACCAACUGUGUGCUAUCCCUGUUGCUUUAGAUUAUUAAUUCUUCACAAGAGUUGAUUGUUCAGUGAAGAUAUUGCCUUGUGAUAUUAAACAGAGCCAUAUUGCAAUUUGAUCUGCUUGGUAAAUAUGUACUAAACUUUAUUUUUGUUGGAUAAUGUACUAGGUUAUGUUUAAGAUAAUAAAUACUUUAAUGUGGGUUAAGCCUAAAAAUUUUUAUGAGGAGUUGUUAUUGUCAGUUAGCUUCUUAUGUACAGUUAUAGGACCAGAAACAUAUAUUUAUGGGAAACUGGGCAUCCAAAGAAUAUUUUCAGAAAAUAUAAAUCUCAUUCUGACACAUUUUGGGUUUCAGUAAUGAGCUAAAAUAAGUUAUUUGGUAUUUCAUUUUGUUUGUGUGUGUUAUAUAUAUUUUGUACUUAGAAAUAAGGUAAUAAUAGCUGAUAUAUUAAACUUAGUUUUUUUUACAAUUAUUACUAUGAGAUAAUCAAUCUUCAUUAGUAUUUAUUAGUUUACUUACAGAAAGAGAAUGUUUAGUAUUCUAGUGCUUUGUGUAUUGUCAUUUGAAUUUCUCAAGAAAAUGACUUUAGUUAUAAUACUCAGAUAUUCAAAUUUCCAAGUAAACUAAUUGAAUCUUUACAUUUUAGGAUUUCUUCUAAUAAAUAAGUUUUUAUUAUAACCUUAUUAAUACUGUAAUCUCAGUGUGAGUUUUCAAGUGAACGUACUUGAAUUUAAGUGUUAAUUUAUUGUUCUUUUGAUGAAAAUUGUACUUCAAAUCCUAAUCAGCUCACAUUUUUAACUCAAUCUACAGCUUGAUGAAAGAUUGUCACUUAUAUUUUAUUUGAGGCAGACAUAAUAAUAAUGCUAUUGGUGUGAAAAAAUGUCACUAGGGCAAGAAACAUUGAAUAAAACUACUGUUUAUCAGCAUUUGUAUAUUGUAUACACAACCUUACAGAAACAGUAGCUUCGGAUACGGUACUUACCUCCUAUCACAAGAUUAGAUAUUCUCGUUUGGUGCUGCCCUUUAUAUGCGAACUUUUUCUUUAUGCAUACCACAAGCCUUCUGCUCCCCCCUAUUGGAAUUGUAAUUUUCCAACAUGUCUCUCAUGCAAAUCAUCAUGCGUCACGUCCUCACCAAUAGAAGCAUGACAUGCUCACAUGAUGCAUGUGACUCCCUCUACACUCUUCUACCGAACUGUCACUUCUGGUUUGGCAGCACUUGUGUUCAAAUGUGCUCUUUUGUUUGUUUAAUGCUUCACGUUUGACUUUGUUUCCUCAUGAAGUGGUUGUUUUACAAGUUAAUUUGCUUUCAUUCAUCCUGUUUCUCCUAUUCGUAUUCAUCAGUUAAUUCUAGUCACCUUAUUUUCUGCACUCGAAUUUGCUGAACUUUCCUGUGCUGAAUUCCGAAGUUAAUGUUACCACUUUGGGGGUUGCACCAGGGACCAGAGUUUUUCUCAGACCUCAGAUGUGGGCAACCUGAUGGUGGAUUUACUUGCUUUUAACUGCCAGUGGAUCGAAAGUUACAUGGGACAAUCUUUGUCCUCGGACAUCGCCCAUGCUCCUCCAGAAUAGACUGAUCCUGUGCAAGCU